GUGCGCGUCUGGACAUUAGAACGGCGGAGGCCGCGGCGGCGGCGGCGGGAACAGCGACGCGGAGCCCUGGGGAGCAGGAUCCCUGGAUUCUGGCUGACUGCCCUGUUGACCACAAGACCGUACCAUGCAGCCGCAGUCCGUCCUGCACAGUGGCUACUUCCACCCACUGCUUCGGACCUGGCAGACAGCCGCCACUACCCUGAGCGCCUCCAACCUCAUCUAUCCCAUCUUUGUCACAGAUGUUCCCGAUGACGUACAGCCAGUCACCAGCCUCCCAGGAGUGGCCAGGUAUGGUGUGAACCGGCUAGAAGAGAUGCUGAAACCGCUGGUGGAAGAGGGGCUGCGCUGCGUCCUGAUCUUCGGUGUCCCCAGCAGAGUUCCCAAGGAUGAACGGGGCUCUGCCGCGGACUCCGAGGACUCCCCCGCUGUCGAGGCCGUCCGCCUGUUGCGGAAGACCUUCCCCAGCCUCCUGGUGGCAUGUGACGUCUGCCUGUGCCCCUACACCUCCCACGGUCACUGUGGGCUGCUGGAUAAGAACGGGGCAAUCCUGGCCGAGGAGAGCCGCCAGCGGUUGGCAGAGGUGGCACUGGCUUAUGCAAAGGCAGGAUGUCAGGUGGUAGCCCCGUCGGACAUGAUGGACGGACGCGUGGGAGCCAUCAAGGAGUCCCUGAUGGCACACGGACUUGGCAACAGGGUGUCCGUGAUGAGCUACAGUGCCAAGUUUGCCUCCUGUUUCUACGGACCUUUCCGGGAUGCGGCUCAGUCAAGCCCAGCCUUCGGAGACCGCCGCUGCUACCAGCUGCCCUCCGGAGCAAGGGGCCUGGCUCUCCGAGCGGUGGACCGAGAUGUACGGGAAGGAGCCGACAUCGUCAUGGUGAAGCCAGGGAUGCCUUACCUGGACAUCAUGCGGGAGGUGAAGGCCAAGCACCCGGAGCUCCCUCUCGCCGUGUACCACGUUUCCGGGGAGUUUGCCAUGCUGUGGCACGGAGCCCGGGCCGGGGCAUUUGAUCUCAAGGCUGCGGUCCUGGAGGCCAUGACCUCUUUCCGCCGGGCAGGUGCCGACAUCAUCAUCACCUACUACACACCGCAGCUGCUGCAGUGGCUGAAGGAGGAGUGAGGGGCAGGAACUAGAGUUUCACAGGACGCCCAGGGCCUUGAGGAAGCGAAAACCAAAGUAAAGGCUGCUUUUCAAACCACGCCCUUGUGCUCUCUUCCUGCACGUGUGCUGGUGGCUCCUGGGAGCAGGCUGCAGCUUUCUGCCGACCACAGCGCCACGGCUUGGGUUCUCCAGCGCUUCGCAGCCCUCUCCUGGGUUGGCACGAGGCUCCCCUUGCCACCCGGCUGGCACCUCUCGCGUGCCCUCAUCUUGAAAGCAGCCGGGAGGGACAGGCGCAGGUUCACAGCCUGGGAGAGGGGCCCGGGCAUUGUGGAGAGGAGAGCAGGCGGAUGCUAAGAAGCUCCUGGAACCCCAGGGCCUGACACCUGAAUUGACAUCCCCGGAUUUUGAGUUGCGAUUUGCUGCAAUUCCACAGGAAUUCUUUCCCACAUAAAAUGCCUCCAUCCUUC